AUGAUUCUCACAGAUUCUCUUGUUUGUGAAGACUAUGACAGUCUUCACAAAGACUGUCAUGAUUCUCAACAGCUAAGUUCUAUAUCAUUGUUCCGCAUCACUGGCAGCUUCCUGAAUGAUCUCACGCAUUACCAGUAUGAUACAGGCAGCCGGCAGUAUGAGCAGCAGCCGCAGCAGCCGAAGCCGCAGCCGCAGCAGCCGAAGCCGCAGCCGCAGCAGCCGAAGCCACUGCAGCAGCCGAAGCAGCCGCAGCAGCCGAAGCCGCUGCAGCAGCCGCAGCAGCCGCAGCCGCAGCAGCCGCAGCCGCAGCCGCAGCAGCCGAAGCCGCAGCCGCAGCAGCCGAAGCAGCCGAAGCCGCAGCCGCAGCCGCAGCAGCCGAAGCCGCAGCCGCAGCAGCCGAAGCCGCAGCCGCAGCAGCCGAAGCUGCAGGCGCAGCAGCCGAAGCUGCAGGCGCAGCAGCCGAAGCCGCAGCCGCAGCAGCCGAAGCCGCUGCAGCCGAAGCCGCAGCCGCAGCAGCCGCAGCCGCAGCAGCCGAAGCCGCUGCAGCAGCCGCAGCAGCCGCAGCAGCCGAAGCCGCUGCAGCAGCCGAAGCCGCUGCAGCAGCCGCAGCAGCCGAAGCCGCUGCAGCAGCCGCAGCCGCAGCAGCCGCAGCCGCAGCAGCCGAAGCCGCUGCAGCAGCCGCAGCAGCCGAAGCCGCUGCAGCAGCCGCAGCAGCCGCACAACGAUAAUGAAAAGUCAGGAUUUCUCGGAGGCGCGGAGGAGUUAUUGGGUCUCGAGAGCUUACCUGAGGACAUGGGUGAGUGA